CGCUGUGUGUUGUUCCCUCAGGCGUUUGCCAGUAAGAUCACAGGCAUGCUGCUGGAGCUGUCCCCUGCCCAGCUGCUGCUGCUGCUGGCCAGUGAGGACUCUCUCCGAGCCAGGGUGGAGGAGGCCAUGGAGCUUCUCAUCGCACAUGGAAGGGAAAAUGGUGCCGACAGUAUAUUGGACCUUGGUCUAUUGGAAGCUCCAGAGAAAGCACAACAGCAGCAGCAGCAGCAGCAGCAGCAGCAGCAGCAACAGCAGCAGCAGCAGCAGCAGCAGCAACAACAACAACAACAACAACAACAACAGCAGCAGCAGCAGCAGGAGAACCGUAAACGCCAUGGUUCGACCCGCAGUGUGGUGGACAUGGAGCUGGACGACCCGGACGAUGGGGACGACAACGCUCCUCUCUUCUACCAGCCCGGAAAGAGAGGCUUCUACUCCCCCAGGCCCGGCAAGAACACAGAGGCCAGGCUGAACUGCUUCCGCAACAUUGGAAGAAUACUGGGCUUAUGUCUGCUUCAGAAUGAACUCUGUCCAAUCACAUUGAACAGACAUGUCAUCAAAGUGCUGCUUGGAAGGAAGGUGAACUGGCAUGACUUUGCAUUCUUUGACCCGGUCAUGUAUGAGAGCCUGCGGCAGCUCAUCCGCCACUCUCAGGCUGGAGAAGCAGAGGCGGUGUUUGCUGCCAUGGACCUCGCCUUCGCCAUCGACCUCUGCAAAGAGGAAGGGGCAGGACAGGUGGAGCUUUUGUCUGGCGGGGUCAACAUGCCGGUAACUCCUCUCAACGUGUACGAGUACGUAAGGAAGUAUGCUGAGCACAGAAUGCUGGUGGUGGCUGAGCAGCCUCUCCACGCGAUGAGGAAGGGUUUGCUGGAUGUGCUUCCUAAGAACGCCCUGGAGGACCUGACAGCUGAGGAUUUCAGGCUGCUGGUCAACGGCUGUGGAGAAGUCAACGUCCAGAUGCUCAUUAGCUUCACCUCCUUCAAUGAUGAGUCUGGGGAAAAUGCAGACAAACUGCUGCAGUUUAAACGCUGGUUUUGGUCCAUAGUGGAGAAGAUGAGCAUGACUGAGAGGCAAGAUCUGGUGUACUUCUGGACCUCCAGCCCGUCUCUGCCGGCCAGUGAGGAGGGCUUCCAGCCGAUGCCCUCCAUCACCAUCCGGCCUCCAGAUGACCUGCACCUCCCGACAGCCAACACCUGCAUCUCACGUCUCUACGUGCCACUCUAUUCUUCUAAACAGAUACUCAAACAGAAACUCCUGCUAGCCGUUAAGACCAAGAACUUUGGUUUUGUGUAGAGGUUGAACAGAGAAGAGUUUAAAAAAAAAAAAAAAAAAAAAACCUGUUUACUGUUGUGUAAUAUUUACCUAGCUCCAUUUUUGUAGAUUUAUUUUUUGUCUAUACAAUUUUAUGAAAAUCGACAUACUGUCGCUAUCUCCCCAGGCGGUAAUAUUCGUUUGUGUUGUGAACACAAACGGCUUGUUAUUUUUAUUUCAAUUUUUAUUGUUUUUUUUUCUUUGUGUUUAAUGAAGAAGAGGUAUACAGUCCAGAACAUUCCUGCAUUGGCACUGUAAAACUUAAAGCCCACAGCCCUGAUCUAUUGGCUUAAACUUUUGCUUCCCAGGAAUGUGGUUUGACAGAAAGCUGUCUGCCGAAACCCAGCCAAAGAUGACAGCAGUAGAAGUAUUUAAAAGAAGACACACUGUGAUUAUACGUUUUUUUUCCUUCCCUAGAAAAGUACUAUCACUGACAGUUCACUGCUGCCUUUGUGGAAAGUCCUUUUUUUUCUUGUACAGGGGGAGUAGGGAAUUUCAAAAAUAAACUUGGAUGCAAAUAAGU